GCAGAUCAGCUGAGGAUACCCUCACUAGAUGGUGUUAGUGCAUUUGUAUAUGAAAAGAAGUGUCAACACUUCUGAUCUGUCAACAGCAAUUUUCAAUUGAUAACACAUUUUGCAGUUUGUGUUCACAUCUGAGGGAUAAUAUUAUAGAAGAUGAUUAUCGCCCUUGGAUUUGUGGUCUUCCUGACAUUCUCCUGUAAUGGAAUCGAUGCCCAGAGCACUCCCAAAGGGCCGCUGGUCGUGAUAACGUGGGAUUAUCCGGAUGCAACAACACUGGCUUGGAAAGUUCUCAAUGAAGAAAAGAAGACUUCGGUUGAUGCUGUCGAAGCUGCGGGUAGUCUCUGCGAAGAAAUGCAGUGCAGAACUACAGUUGGUUACGGCGGAAGUCCUGACGAAGCUGGAGAAACUACACUGGACGCUAUGAUAAUGGAUGGGGUUACGAUGGAUGUUGGAGCUGUCGGUGGUAUAAGGAACAUCAAAAGUGCCAUAUCAGUUGCGAGGAAAGUCUUGGAAAAUACGAAACACACUCUACUGGGUGGCGAUCAGGCUAAGCAGUUUGCUGUAAGGAUGGGGUUCAAAGAAGAAUCACUGACGACUAAUGUUUCGACAAAUAUGUGGCAGAAGUGGAAAGCUAACAACUGUCAACCUAAUUUCUGGAAGAAUGUCUCGCCAGAUCCUCUAAAAUCAUGUGGCCCAUACACUCCGAAGGAAAGAUUUAAUCAGCAGUGUGAAUCAAGCAACCCCGAUUGUGGUGAAGACAAUCAUGACACUAUUGGAAUAGUCGCGAUGGACAGCAGGGGAAAAAUUGCUGCAGGAACAUCCACAAAUGGAGCCAAGAAUAAAAUCCCUGGACGGAUUGGGGAUUCACCUAUUCCAGGAUCGGGGGCCUAUGCUGAUCAAGAAGUUGGCGCCGCUGCAGGAACUGGAGAUGGUGAUAUUAUGAUGAGAUUCGUUCCAAGCUUCCUUGCGGUCGAAGAAAUGCGUCGUGGAGCGACUCCGACAGCAGCAGCUGCUGAGGCGAUAGCAAGAAUUGCUAAGCAUUAUCCAACAUUCACUGGCGGAGUAAUUGCAAUAGAUAACAAUGGAAAUUAUGGCGCGGCCUGCAAUGGAAUAGCGUCUUUCCCAUUUUACGUGGCUAGUCCCGAUCUCGGGGGGGCUAUAAAGAAGUCUGUUCAAUGCACCAAUUCUGGUGAAGUUGAACCACAUGUAUCGCUGAUCUAACAAGUUAUUAAAUUUUCUACAUGAUUACUAUGAUUCCAAUGAUGAAACUAUGCAAUUUUUUGCUUACUGUUGUCUUCAAUUACGGAGAAAUAAAGAUAAUAAUUUUUUA